GUUGAGGAAGUUUUCUGGUACCUGCAGGCUGGAGUUGAACAAUUCAACGGAUAUGAUUCUGGAGUAACCAUCCAAAGUGGCACAACUCUGCGUAUCCGGUGAAGAUGAGAAUUGUGGUCCAGCCACGACCUCCAGUUUGUCAUCGUGGCUGUUUCGUGUUCACGGUCACGUGUGUAUUUCAUUCAGUGAAGAGGGCUGUUGCUUCCUUGUGUAGGCAUGGCGACUUCCACUUUGGAUUUGAGCAUUGUUGUGACUCCGAUUCCCGCGCCACUGUCCUUCUCGCCUUCACACCGUCUUUUCUUCUUGUCUCACACUGUCCCACGACAGUAUUGCAGAACUUCAGCUUCUCAAAACGCCAACUCUUUCGUUUCGAGGAAGCAUUGCAGACCGAGGAUUCUUCGUUUCAAGAUAUAUUCUGCCCUCGAGCUUGUCCUCGUCCAUUGAACUGAAUUACAACACUUCACGCAAUGGCUUCGAAAUACCUUCAGCAGUCUGUCCGAGCAAUCCUCGUGCUCUCCCUUGUAAGGCCGCUUCACGACAACAGAAGUCUACCACACUGACACUU